AUGCGGCGCAUGGCCCGCGCGUUUGAUCGGGAGUGGCGCGCGCUCCUUGCCGGCGCGGCGUCUGGGGGCAUGUGGGCGCGCGACCUGCGGCCCCUGAGGCGGCUGGCGGGUGACAUUGAGGAGGAGGCCGCCGCGUGGCGCCGCCUCGUGUCGUCGCGCCAGCGCCGGCUCGCGCGGCGCCUCCGCCGCUGGCGGCGCGGCUACGGCGGCGGCCGCGCGGCCGCGCGCGAUGACGAGGAGGCGGCGGCGCUGCCAGAGGCGGCCGCGGCGCUGCAUGAGCUCCGCGCACGCACGGCCGCGGUUGGGGCGGAGCUCUCCGCCACUGCGCGCCGCCUGCGCGACGCGGGCGGCGCCGCGCCGGCGGUGGGGUCGGCGGGGUGGCUGCCGGCCGUGGGGCCGCUGCUCGACGCGCUGGCGUCGUUCGCCGCGCGCUCGCGCGACCUGCAGCACCGCGCCGAGCGCGCCGCGGGCCUUCUGCCACCGCCGCCGCCUCCACCGCCAGCGCCGCUGCCCCCUCAGCCGCCGCCGCAGCCGGCCGCGUCGCCGCGGGCGGGCGGCGGCGGGAUGCCCGGCGGCGUGGGGCGGCUGCUGGUGGACCUCCCUGGUGGCGGGCCAUCCGUGACCAGCCCUCGCUCCCUGUCAAUGCCCGCCAGCACUCUGUCUGCUCAACUUCCGGACCGCCCGGCCGGGAUCCUGCGACAGCCCAGCGUGAAGGCCGCCGCCGCCGCCGCGCUCUCGGGGCUCGCGGCGGCGCCGGAAAGCGGCGCCGCCGGCCGCGUGCACGCGCGGCUUGACAGCCUCACCCAGAGGGCCUCG